GCAUCACGUGACGCGGUUCCCGAGCUGAGCGGCCGGUUGGAGGGUAGGGUGGCGCGCACGUCAGGGGGACUCGUGAAGGCGGCUGCGGGGACGCGCCCGGUGUGUGACCGGCUCAGGAGAUAACGGAGUCAGCGGCCUCCAUGCCGGGGCCCCGAGGAUUCAUGAGCACAGAGAGAAGCGGGACAUCGCCGGCGGCAUGAGUCACUCCGGACACCGGUCACCGGAGAAGAACGGCGAGUGCGACUGGGAGGAGGAGGAAGAGGAAGAAGAGGAGGACGGGGAGGCCGGGGGAGAGGAAGGGCACGAUCCCCGGGGCCCCACCUCCUCCUCCUCCCGCCGCCGCCGCCGCUCUCCUAUGUCCCUGGAGCUGCACCUGAGCGGACAUGACUUCCCCCCGGGGCUGGCCGGGUCCCCGUCUGAGGGGGAGGAGGCGGAGGACAGCAGCCUGCAGCUCCCGGGCCGGCGGAGGACGCGCUCCAGCAGCUCCCGGCCCCGUUAUGAGAUCGUCACCGAGCUGGGAGCGGAGGAGGUUCGCUGGUUCUACCGGGAGGAGAAGAAGAGCUGGAAACCGUUCAUAGGCUACGACUCCCUGCGCAUCGAGCUGGCCUACCGCCGCCUGCUGGAGCUCAGCGCCCCGGAGGACGGGGAACCGGGGGACACGGCGGAGCCGGCGGGCGGCCUGGACCUGGUGCACAUCGGGGAGGUGGCGAAGAUCGAGCCGGUGUGUGUGCGGAGCGGCCUGUACGAGGUGGACGUCACCGAGGGGGAGUGCUACCCGGUCUACUGGAACCAGAGCGAUAAGAUCCCCGUGAUGCGAGGACAAUGGUUCAUCGACGGCACCUGGCAACCGCUGGACGAAGACGAGAGCAACCUGAUAGAACAGGAACAUCUCUCCUGCUUCAGGGGGUAUCAGAUGCACGACACCUUUGACCUGGAAGUGGCCAAGCCCGUGGACCACAAGGAUGUUACCCACCACCUUGCUCCCUUCUCCCUCCCUUUCCUGUUCAAUUGGAGAGGAUAUAACGAAAGCACAGGCGCCCCAUGCGCCAAGAGAAAGCGUUACGAAGCUGUCCACAGUCUGAAGCUGAGCCGCAGCCACGUGGAUUGGCACAGCGUGGAGGAAGUCUAUCUGUACAGCGACGCCACUACUUCUAAGAUAGCAAGGACUGUUACCCAAAAGUUGGGAUUCUCAAAAGCCUCUAGCAGCGGUACCAGGCUCCAUAGAGGUUACGUGGAGGAGGCGACGUACGAGGACAAACCUGUAGACACCACGCACAUCGUCUUUGUUGUCCACGGUAUCGGCCAAAAAAUGGAUCAAGGGAGAAUUAUCAAAAAUACAGCCAUGAUGCGGGAGACUGCAAGAAAGAUAGAAGAGAAGCACUUUUCCAAUCAGAUUUCAGAGCACGUUGAGUUCCUUCCUGUGGAAUGGCGUUCCAAACUUGCUCUGGAUGGAGAUACGGUAGAUUCUAUAACUCCAGAUAAGGUGCGUGGUAUUCGGGACAUGCUGAACAGCAGCGCCAUGGACAUUAUGUAUUACACCAGCCCUCUGUACAGAGAUGAGUUAGUGAAAGGAUUACGGCAGGAGCUGAACCGUCUGUACAACCUGUUCUGCUCCCGGAACCCUGAGUUUGAAGACAGAGGCGGCAAAGUAUCUAUUGUGUCCCACUCCCUGGGGUGCGUGAUCACAUACGAUAUCAUGACUGGGUGGAAUCCAGUCCAUGUCCACGAACAGCCGGACGAGGAGGAGGAGCCCGAGGACCAUUGGAUUAGUUACGAAGAAGAGCAUCUCAUAAGAGAGAUCUAUUCGACCAAACAGCGAUUAAAAGAACUGGAAGACAGGUUGUACGGACUGAAUAAUUCCAAUACCCCUGUGUUAAAAUUUAAGGUUGAGAAUUUUUUCUGCAUGGGUUCGCCCCUAGCAGUAUUCUUGGCGUUGCGUGGAAUCCGUCCUGGAAAUCGCGGGACUCAAGAUCAUAUUUUACCUAGAGCUAUCUGUAACCAUUUGUUUAAUGUAUUCCACCCCGCAGAUCCUGUGGCCUACAGACUCGAGCCAUUAAUACUGAAGCACUACAGCAACAUUGCUCCUGUCCAGAUCCACUCGUCCAACACCACAAAUCCCAUCCUGUACAAACACAUGAGACCCUGUCUCAUCAACCCGUCCAAAGAUACUACCUCAAUGUCCGAUACCGAAAGCAUACCAAGCCCCAGCACUUCACCGGUCCUGCCUCGAAGACACUAUGGAGAGUCUAUAACAAAUAUAGGCAAAGCCAGUAUCUUAGGUGCCGCGAGCAUCGGGAAAGGUCUAGGGGGAAUGUUGUUCUCAAGAUUUGCACGUUCUAGUGCAACUUCAUCUCAAGGUUAUGAAGUCAAAGAAUCGGCGGAUGGGGAAGACAAGAAGUCAGUCCAGAGUCAAAGUACUGGGACGACCCAGACCAUUCCACACAGCAUCUCAGGCUCACUGGACCCAGUGGAUCUGGAGCACCGCAUUGACUUUGAGCUACGAGAAGGACUGGUAGAGAGCAGAUACUGGUCAGCCAUGACGUCGCACACGGCAUACUGGUCCUCCAUGGACGUGGCGCUCUUCCUGCUGACGUUCUUAUACAAAGACGGCCAGAUGGACGAUGAAGACAAGCUAGGUGUGAUUUUUAGGCAUUACGGGAGACAAACGCAACGUUUUCACCGCCCGGCGACGGCGUGAGACGACCGGAACGCAGUUGAGAGCCGCAUUAACUGUAGGAUUGUAUUCAGAUUCAAAACUACGAAAAGCUUCAGACUAUCGCAGCCUCAUUCUAGCUUAUUAUUAAUAAAUCUCAUAGUUUUAUUUAAUUUAUUUUUCUGGGGGUUUUUUCUUCAUUUAUUUUUUUUUCUAUUUAAUUUUACUAAUAAUUUUUUUUUUUUUUUUUAUUGAAAUGGUUUUUUUU